CAUAAACUCCAGCAUAGGUUCAACCAAAAAACCCACUCUUUUUAUCAUUUUCCCUACAAAGAAGGAGACGGGCAAUCGAUGGAAGACGCCGCCGUCAUCCACCGUUUGCACGCCGCUAAGGCGAGCUCUGGCAAGAGCUACAGUGAGAUAGCGGCGGAGACUGGCCUGACCAACGUCUACGUGGCCCAGCUACUCAGACGCCAGGCUCAGCUUAAACCCGAUACUGCCCCUAAACUGCGGGCAGCCCUGCCGGAGCUCUCCGAAGAUCUCGUCCUCGAGAUGAUGAAGCCACCCAUGCGCUCCUACCACCCAAACCUAAUCCAGGAGCCCGCCGUUUACAGAUUGAAUGAGGCCGUUAUGCAUUUUGGUGAGAGCAUCAAGGAAAUUAUCAAUGAGGACUUUGGUGAUGGGAUCAUGUCAGCUAUAGACUUCUACUGCUCUGUUGAUAAAGUUAGGGGUGUGGAUGGCAAGGAUCGUGUUGUCAUAACAUUUGAUGGGAAGUACUUGCCUUACACUGAGCAGAAGUCAGAGCAGAUGGUUUCAAGACCUCAGCCGCGAUGAAGCUCUUAAACAAUCCGGAUCAGCUGAUGCAGAUGUUUUCGGUUCCCUUUUUUCUUGCAUGAAUGAACUCUGUUGUAACCAAUGCACGUACCUACACGUGAUGUCGCCCAUCAAUUACUCAUGAUCAAUAAUGUCCACUGAUAAAUUUGCAAUUCCACGCUUCUGAAACUUGUCGUUUUUCUUACGAAUUAACAAGUACUGUUGUAUGUCACAUACCUUUUUACAGAGUCGAAGUUGAUUUCAAAUUUUCAAUGGCGCUACAUAAAGUGUUUGGGAAAUUUGAAUGAAUAAAUGCUUGUGAUUUAU